GUUUCACAACCAGCAGCAGGACGCCGGCGUGACAUUCACCAGGCUUUCAGAGUCGGGGGGUUGUGUAAAAGGAGAAAGACCAGAGCCCUGUGCCCGACCAAGAAGUUGUCAUAAUGAGAGUACUAAACGCGGGUCUGUGUUUGGCUAAAACGCAUCUCUUGGCGCCUGGAAGCGUCACUCUAAAGAAGGUGCUCAUCAACAGCUGUCGCGCAUGCUCCUCUGGGACCUUCCCCAACGAGAGGAUCCGAAACAUCGGGAUAUCUGCUCACAUCGACUCGGGGAAGACCACCCUGACCGAGCGGGUCCUCUACUACACCGGCAGGAUAGCAGAGAUCCACGAGGUGAGGGGGAAGGACGGUGUUGGAGCGACUAUGGACUCUAUGGAGCUGGAGAGACAGAGAGGCAUCACCAUCCAGUCAGCUGCGACAUACACCGUGUGGAAGAACCACAACAUCAACAUCAUAGACACACCAGGUCACGUAGACUUUACCAUUGAGGUGGAGCGUGCACUCCGCGUGCUGGACGGAGCUGUGCUGGUCCUGUGUGCAGUGGGUGGAGUCCAGUGUCAAACCAUGACCGUGAACAGACAGAUGAAACGCUACAAUGUCCCCUUCCUCACUUUCAUCAACAAGCUGGAUCGCAUGGGAGCAAACCCCAGUCGAGCCCUGCAGCAGCUGAGAACAAAACUGAACCACAACGCAGCCUUUGUGAGCAUCCCCAUCGGCCUGGAGGGAAACAUGCGCGGCAUCAUUGAUCUUGUGGAGGAGCGCAGCAUGUAUUUUGAAGGACCUUUUGGCCAAACUCUCCGCUAUGACGAGAUCCCAGCAGAUUUCCGUGCUGAGGCUGCAGACCGCAGGCAGGAGCUGGUGGAGUGUGUGGCUAACGCUGAUGAGACCUUGGGAGAGAUGUUCUUGGAGGAAAAGAUUCCAACUAAUGACGACCUGAAGGCUGCGAUCCGCAGAGCCACAGUGCAGCGUCUCUUCACUCCAGUGUUGGUGGGCACAGCGUUGAAGAAUAAGGGAGUCCAGCCUCUACUGGACGCUGUCCUGGAUUACCUACCGAACCCCACUGAAGUCAAAAACUAUGCUAUCCUUAAUGAUGAUGAUGCCAAUGAAACAUCGAAGAUCGAAAUGGACCCGACAAGAGAUGCUGCAAACCCCUUCGUUGGUCUGGCCUUCAAACUAGAGGCGGGGAGGUUUGGACAGCUGACUUAUGUGCGGGUGUACCAGGGCUGUCUGAAGAAGGGAGAGUACAUCUAUAACACACGCACAAGCAAGAAAGUCAGAGUUCAGAGGCUGGUGCGCCUCCACGCUGACCAGAUGGAGGAUGUGGAGGAGGUUUACGCAGGAGAUAUUUGUGCACUGUUUGGGAUUGACUGUGCCAGCGGAGACACCUUCACAUCCAGGACCAGCGCUAACCUGUCCAUGGAGUCUAUUCACAUCCCAGAACCUGUCAUUUCCAUGUCCAUCAAGCCAGCCAAUAAGACCGACACGGACAAAUUCUCCAAAGGUAUCAACCGUUUCACAAGGGAGGAUCCGACGUUCAGGGUACAUUUUGACACUGAGAGUAAAGAAACCAUAAUCUCGGGCAUGGGCGAGCUGCAUCUUGAAAUCUACUCCCAGAGGAUGGAGAGGGAAUAUAACUGUCCCUGUGUGAUGGGAAAACCCAAAGUGGCUUUCAGAGAAACGAUCACCAGUCCAGUACAGUUUGACUUCACUCAUAAGAAGCAGAGUGGCGGCUCUGGGCAGUACGGUAAAGUGAUCGGAGUCCUUGAGCCUCUUGAGCCAGAACAGACCACCAAGCUGGAGUUUGAAGACCAGACCGUUGGAACCAACAUCCCGAAGCAGUUUAUACCAGCUGUUGAAAAGGGUUUCAGGGACGCCUGUGAGAAGGGGCCACUGAGCGGGCACAGGAUCUCAGGAGUCAGGUUCCUCCUUGAAGACGGGGGGCAUCACAUGGUGGACUCCAAUGAGAUCUCCUUCAUUCGAGCAGGAGAGGGCGCUCUAAAGCAAGCUAUGGAAAAGGCCAACACGAUCAUCCUGGAGCCGAUCAUGUCUGUUGAAAUCGUAGCACCUCAGGAGUUUCAGGGAGUAGUCAUCGCAGGUGUAAACCGUCGGCAUGGUGUCAUCACAGGACAGGACGGAGCUGAAGGAUACUUCACUCUCUACGCUGAUAUUCCACUUAACGACAUGUUCGGCUACUCUACAGAACUUCGCUCCUGCACUGAAGGAAAAGGGGAGUACACGAUGGACUACAGCAGAUAUCAGCCCUGCCUGCCAGCUUCACAAGAAGAACUUAUCCACAAAUAUUUGGAGGCUACAGGACAGCUGCCUGUAAAGAAAAACAAGUGGAAGAGCUGAAAACUGACAAAACUACCCAGAUGUGUACCACUGGACUCUAACAUGACCACCGUCCCUCAUCCUUGCAAACAUUUUCUGCCCCUCAUCAACUGUGACUCGACAAUAAGGCUUCAAUUUGUGGAGCCAAGAAAAAAACUGUCAUUUUGUAGUUUAAGCUGUUUUUUUUCCUCCUUAAUAUAUGACCCCUGUGGAAAACAUAUUUAUUAUCUUGAUGUUAGCACCAUUUGACCUUGUCAGUAAGGAGAGCUCCAUGUUUUGAUUUGAGCUUGUAAUGGCUUUUGUACUAUGUACAGAACAGGGCUGAUGUAAAAAUGAGUGCAGCAAAGAUACAAUAUAUAUCUGUCUUUUAAACUUAAA